GGGUGAUCAGAGUCAUGCCAUCUAUUUUUUAUUUACAAAGAGUCCUGGAGCUGUAGCUCCACUGCCAUCACUGACGUGUCAGUUUCAAAGUGUUGCUCAUUACAAUAUCUACCCUAACGACAGAAACUUCGAAAAUGGAGUCUAUUACUAUUCAGACGGAUGAAACCUCUAAGCUUAGUGUGGUUGAAACAGCAUCAAAACUUUACUACGCUGGUGCCAUCAAUUGUGAAAAUGAAGAGAACUCCGGACAGUAUCUUACAGUUCUGCAGCCCGUUACUUACGAUUCUUACUCACAAAAUCUAGUCACAUCAACUAUUCCUGAAAAAAUAACACCUCAUCCUUUAUCGGUGAAACCAAAACUGUCAGACUCAGAACGAGAUUACAAGAAAUCUGCAUGUGACAGAGAAAGGACACGCAUGAGGGAUAUGAAUCGAGCUUUUGAUUCACUACGAGAUCGACUUCCACAAUGUAAACCAGCGGGAAAAAAAUUAUCAAAAAUAGAGUCACUAAGGAUGGCCAUCCAGUACAUUCGACACCUUCAAUCCCUGCUGGAAAUGGAGAGCGAUUACACUCCUCAAUAUGUGCCGACUAUUUACUCGUCAUCAGUGACUUACCAGCAAUCGUCAAUUUACUACCAAUUUUGACCUCUUAAUGACUGCACAAAAAGUUAAUAAUCCAAACCAUGCUGGGAUUUUUUCUGGUAGAAGGAAAUCACAGACUUUGAUGAGCACUACUUCUGUUGAUCAAAGUGCUCUGCUGCAGAAAUUAAUGAGAUUGACCAUUCAAGAUGACGAUCUCAUGCACUAUUUUCGCCAUACCUUAAAACGGUGAAAUAAAUUUUGCAAAAUAUUCCAAGCUCACUCUGCACUGAAACUCUUACGUCUUAAAACUACUUGUAGGAGCUUAAAUCUUUUUAGCAAAAUUUAUUCAAUGUGUCAGAUCGCUAAAAAAGAAACAAAAACUUAUUUAAUAAACUGUAGGUGACACCCAGAGGUUCAUUUUUUUCUAAGCUCAGCGCACAUUACUGAUGAAAAGUAACGAGUUAUUCCGGGGCUUUCAUUAUCAUACAAAAUAUUAAAUUUGUUUUGGAAAAUGUUAUGAUGUACUUUCAGAUAAGUAAAUACAUGAAACUUGUCCUGUGUUCUUUGA